AUGGCCACCCUCCUACCCCCACCGAAAAGACAAAAAGUCUACCACGGCGUCCCAGAGCCGGAGAAGGAGCCCGCUAAGCCUUCGCCUCAUAUCCUCGUCCAAUUUGUGAGCGAGGAUGACGGAGAACCACUCGCACCUCCCGUCAACCUUCCGGCCAACGUUUCGAGAGAAGGGCUUGAGGCUAUCGUUAAUAAGCUCAACACGAAGGAUGAAGAUCCUGUCCCGUUUUCCUUUCACAUCGCACUUCCGGCCGAUGCUCAAGUUGCUGGUGCACCGACUCGCAUUGCUAUCACAAAAUCCGUCGAGGAGGACAUCUUGUCCCAUCCCUCCCAAGCGUUCACACCCGAAGAUGUUUUCGUGAUCCACUGCUCACCUCAAGCUGUCUUCAAAGUGCGCCCUGCUACGAGGUGCUCAUCCACACUCUCAGGACAUACUUCGCCUAUCCUUUGCGCGGCGUUCUCCCCCACCGGAAAUCUUCUUGCGACAGGAUCUGGAGACUGCAAUGCACGACUAUGGGAUCUAUUCACAGAGACUCCCUCACAUACGCUGUCUGGACACAAGGGUUGGGUGCUAUGUGUGGAAUGGGAGGCCAUGGAGAGGAAGCUAGCGACCGGUGGGCAUGACGGGCACGUCCGCCUAUGGGAUCCGAAAACCGGGAAACCGAUUGGUGAUUCCCUCAAAGGUCACACGAAAUGGGUGACCUCCCUUGCUUGGGAACCUAUCCACCUGAACCCCUCUGCCCCCCGACUCGCUUCAUCAUCGAAGGACGGAACUGUCCGAGUCUGGUCAACGCUCGUCAGACGCGUGGAAUAUACUCUCGGGGGACACUCUGCAAGCGUCAAUGCUGUCCGCUGGGGAGGCGGUGGGUUGGAUGGGAAGGGUGUGCUGUACACCGCCUCAAGUGAUCGCACGGUGCGGAUAUGGGAUGCCAACGGGGGGAAAUGCUUGCACGUUCUCAAGGACCAUGCGCACUGGGUGACGACGCUCACUCUUAAUACCGACUUCGUGCUGCGCACGGGCCCGUUCGACCAUCUAGGCAAGAAAAUAAGCUCUGAGACAGAAGCGCAAGCCCUCGCCGCAGCGCGCUACAAUGCUCUCGCGUCGUCCGCCGGUGAACUACUCAUUUCCGGCUCAGAUGACCACACGCUGUUCCUGUGGUCGCUCUUCCCUCCCCGCUCCGCCACCCCGGAGAAAGAAAACAGUGGGAAGCUUAAGCCUCUCGCGCGUCUCACAGGGCAUCAACGCCAGGUCGCGCACGUCGCCUUCAGUCCCGACGGCCGUUGGGCGGCAAGCGCCGCGUGGGACAACUCGGUCCGUGUAUGGGACGGUCGCACCGGGAAGUUCGUCGCAACUCUAAGGGGACACGUCGCUGCCGUAUACCGCCUCGCUUGGAGCGCGGAUUCACGGCUGCUCGUGAGUGCGAGCAAGGAUAGUACGCUGAAGAUAUGGGACUUGAAGACGCACAAGCUCAAAACAGACCUCCCGGGGCACACCGAUGAGGUCUACUGCGUUGACUUCGUCGCCGACAAGCUUGUCAGCGGCGGACGCGACCGCACCGUCAAAAUAUGGAAAAAUUGA